GUAUUUAUUUCGCGUUUCUCCCAAUUGCUAAAGCGAAUUGUUCCACAGCGUCCACCAAAAUAAGCCUUCUUCUUCACAUGAAACUCCAUUUUACAGCUCACUUGCUUCGGUACGCGGGCUCGUAACAGUUUCCACGCGUGUGUGCGCGAGAUUUCCCGCGAGCGUUGCGUCAUUUGUUCAGCAACUGUCUUCAACAACAGUGGCUGCCGAUCUAAUCGUUGUUGUUUUCGCUUGUAAAAAAAAAUACCAAUUUUAUCCGAAAACAUCCCUACCAUCCUGGACUUCUGAGGCAAUAUAUGUGGUGGGAAUAAAAGGAUAAAUAUUUAAGGAACAGAAAAAAACUACAAACAGUUGUAUGUAAAUAUAGUUUACCGAGAAAUUUAGGUUUUCUUGAGGGCAGUAGUGACAAUUGUCGAAAGCGUCCCUGUUGCAUUUGGCAUUUUGAGUUGACAACUGAACGAUUUUGGCGUCUAAAAUCAUUACUUGGGGCGCUAAAUUUUCAUUCAUGACUACCUCUUCAGUAUGUCGGAUCGUGUCGGAUUAAAAACGAAGGAAAAUGCCACGAAAAAGUUCUCUUCUCUCAAUUUGAGCCAAACAUACAAAGGAACAAAGGUUGAGACUAAAACAGUUACAGGAGUGCAAAGGCAUGGCCUUCAGAGUUUGGGAAAAGUGGCUCCUAGUCGGCGCAUGCCACCGCCAGCAAAUUUACCAUCUUUAAAAAGCGAGAAUUUAGGAAACGACCCUACAGUAGCCCUCGUCCCAACUGGUGGAGGAGGAUGGGGAAGCGGGAAAGACAAGGAAGCAAAUCAAGCAAUUGCGAACAAAAAUGUGAAUCAAACAGCGGGCAAUGCAAGUCAGCAACAAGAACAGCAAUCUUCGAAGGUUUCAGAUACGUUACAAAAAACAACACCAGGACAAUCUACAAAUAUUACAGGACAGAAAAUUACGACAAACCCGAGUUUCAAUGCAACAAAGACUUGGGCAAGCAGCUCUCAAAACGUGGCUGGUGGUCAAGAGAAGACCUCUUAUCCCCGUCAGUCGCAGUAUUUCAAUCAGGAAUUCCCAACAUUAGGUGGUGGCAACUCCAGAGACAAGUUGCAGCUGGAGGAAAGGGGUUCUCUCCCACCAUAUGGGCAACCUCCUCGAAAUAUGCACGACCCUCCGUGGAUGCACAAAGGUGGAACAGGACCCCCACCUCCCAAGUCAUCAUUUGGUAUGUAUAAUGGAGCACCAUACCCAGGUCCACCUCAUAGGAGUGGCUAUGGACAACAGAUGUAUCAUCGAGAUGGACAUCAUCUGAGUGGUCAUUCUCAAGAUUUUCCCUACAUGGGACAAGCUCGACCUGCAAACUAUGCUGCUCAUCCAGCAGCCAAUUAUAGGGGUAAUCCUGGUGUUAUGAUAGCAAGGCAUGGUAUCAAACUGGAAGAAUCACCAAGUGGAUAUGUUCGUCCUUCAAUUUUAAAUGAAGAAGAUAUAAACGCUAUGGACUCAGAAGACGUUGAUGAUGGUGGCUGGGCAGGUGCACAGGAAGAAAUUGACUAUUCAGUGAAAUUGAAUUUUGACGAUGAGGAAGCAUACAUAUCUGAUGAGGGAGAUAAAUCCUCAGAUAAAAAAUCAGUCAAUAGUCAACUAUCGGAACAAGAGCAAAAAAAGGAGAUUGAAAACAAACAUGUUGAUGGUAAAGGUUCACAACAACGUAAGCAAGCUUGGGUGAAUGAAACAAGUUCUGAAAUAAGAAAUUUCCCACCACACUGGAAUGAUCAAAGAAAACAGUUGCCCCACGGUAAUGCUCAGAGGCAAUGGGCUAAACAAUUUCCAUCUUCACAGCAACGUAUGCCACCACAAACAAUGGCCAUAAAUCGCUCUCAAUUAGGAAGACCCGCUCAGCAUAAUGAAAAUAGAGCUGUUGAUUCAAAGACAAAUAACUCUACCAUUGAACAAGCUAGACAACGUAAACAAAUGGAGGAAGAUGAGCGUAAAAGACAACAAGAGUCAGCUGCACGUGAAAAGUUAAGACUUUUAAACGAAAGAACACGUCCAGCUCAUAUACAAACACAUCAAACAAAUAUUCAUGACUUAGGACCGCGCUCCCCCUUGUCACCCGGAAGUGACGUAACUGUCAAGAGGAUAAUGCAACGUAAAGACAGCGGUAGCCAUGGUGAUGAUGAUCGAAAUAGCGUGAAGUCUGUGGAUAGUGUUGGUAGAGAAGAGAAGUUAGUUAGCUUAGAUGUAAAGACAAAUGCAAUUAAGGAACGAAAAUCUUCAAACUAUGAAAAUAAACCAAGUGAAGAAGGAAAGUCAAAGGCGGUGGCAAGCGUUUCUUAUAAGAAUACUGAUACUGCGUCACAUUUGGAUAAGAAUGAUGUCACAGACAGAUCAAAGCCUAUUCCUGGUAGGGGUGUCGGGGAACCGAUAGUCAAACAUGAAAACAGACCUGAAAGGAAAAGUAGUGAGAGUAAACCUCGAAAUGACGAAGCAAUAGAAAAAAAGAACGAAGCAAAUGCAGAAGCAUCGCGCGGAAAGGGUGAAAUGAACGAAAUUGCAGUUAACAAAGGAGGAAGUCGUAUACGCAGUCAAAACGAACGUGGUAGCAUGGAGUCGGUGCAAAGUAAAGAUAGUACGGAAAAGCAAAGAGAAAAUGGAAGACGUACUGAGGAUAUUAAACGUAAAAGAGAUGAUCAUGAACGAAAUUAUGCAGUCAUCAAUAAAGGUGGUCGUGAUCGUGCUGGCAACAGGGAUCGUUUACACAGUGGUUCUUCUAGUCGCGGUGGUAGAGGAACUUUGACCGGAAAAAAUCUUCGUGGUCAUCCUAAGUCCUACAGCAAUAGUCGUAGCGAUAGGGGAGUACAUCAACGUCGGAAUCCCUCGCAAAGCAGCUUUAAAGAUAAUCCUCAAGAUGAAAUCAAGACGGUUGCGGACGAUGAAAAGGUAGAUACAAGUUUGAAGAAACCAAAAAGAUCUUCCUUUAAACAAAAUCACGAGACACGUAAAGCGGACGCUGAUCUUGUUUCUGAUGAAAGAAAGCAAACUUCCACUUCUCGACUGAAUGAUACACAACUGAACAUACAGAAAGAAGAUGAAGAUCGUGGUAAAAUAGAUGCCAAUGUGGACAAUAAAAGGAGACUAGUGAAUGAACGUUACACAAAAGAUAAUUCUGAUUCACGGUUUUACAAAAGCGGCAGGCAAUCUGGAAGAGAUGAUAAAACCGUUAGGAUCGCAAAACAAACCGAACAAAUGGAGGGCCGCCACCAUCUAGAGGUCGUGGUGUGUGGCUUUGGUAAGCCUCCUGAAAAGGGAGAGAUUAAAGAUGAUAAAGAUAGAAAUGAUAUUGACAAUAAAUCGAAGUGGUUUCCUGCCAGCAAGCAAGUAAGUGAAAAUGUAACGGAAGAAACGUUAGAGCAAGUAAGAGGAGAAAAUUGCGAGGAUAGUUUGAUGAAUGACAAAUCCAGGAAAGAAGUCAGAUCGGUCUCGUCGAUUGAUGAAUCAGGAAAGAAAAGUGAAGAACAUGAACGUUUACGUGAUUUUGCCAAACAAAUAGAUUCCAGUGAUAAGUUUACAGUUGAAACGGUUACGCGAAAAGAUAAACAGAUUCCUAAUGACCGAAAACAAGACGUAAAUCAUAAAGCGUCAAAAGAUAUCGAAUCAUCUAAACGCGAUGAGAAAAUAAAAGAUAGCAAUCCCAGGACUACUGCAAACAACAUAGUUGACAAUGGUACAUCCAAAGUUCGGAAAACUUCUAGCAGCUCACGUGAUGUGAACAAUCGCCAGAGUGAAACACAAUACAAUAAGGAAGAUCGCAGGCGUCCUCGUGAUGGAUUAACUCAUGAUCAACAAAAACAACAUGAAGAAAGCAAAAGCUCGGGUAAAUUAGAGGACAGUAAAGUACGUCACGAUAGAAAGGAUGAGCAUAGGACUCGUCAUAAUAAGCCAUCAAAUGUCGAUGAAAAGCGGCCUCCAAGAAAUAAUCGUGAGGUUUCACAGCAAACUAACAGAACAAGUGAUCGAUCUAAAAGGCGAGACAACGAAACUACUCGUGAUCAGAAAAACCAGCGUGAACAAGAUAGACCGUACAAUCGUGGCAAAAGUAAUUCGGAGUCAUCAAGGCGACGUCGAUCAUUUGAAACUAGUUAUCGUCAAGAUCCUGAUGAAUCCAAAGACGCUGAUCGUCAUGAACAUAGUGAACGCAAAGGAAAACUUCACUUCGCCAUCAGACUGUUAAAGAAAGCAAAGAUGGGGACUGUUCACCCGCGUGCACGUGGAAGAGGUAGAGGAAGAGUGAGCUCUCAGCAAUUUCCACAGAAUUUGAGAAAACAGAAAGAGACACCUCCCCGCUUCCAAAGACAUGGGCCUAACUUUGGCAAAGGUCAGGAAAAGAGCUCGCGUGGUGAAAUCAAGGACACUCGAAGAAAAGAUGGCUUGAAUGACGAAGAACCACUUUCGAAAAAACGGCUGCCAGACAAUGUAACCAGAGAGAAAGACAUGGAUAGUUUUAAAGAGAUCAGUGUUACGCGUGGGGAUUCCUCGUCUAACAAGAAUUCUUUUUUAGCGAAAAAGCAGCAGGAAGUAGUUAAGGGUUCUUCAAAGAAACAAAGUGGACGUUUUAGCGGUAAAUCGACCACUCCUGCUGCUUUGACAACUCACGGUCGUCGCUCUAAAAAAGAACCCAAUCCUAUGGAUGGUGAUGAAAAUCUGGAACCACCCAAGAAGAAUCCGAGACGCACAGAACCACAAAAGGUCGGAAUCGAUCACAUUGAUUUGAGUAAUAUUGCAGGUGUUAUUGAUGUUGAUGAUAUUGCCCAGCCUGCCGAGCUGUUCGAGCCCGUGUCUCCGCAAAGUGACUUCGUUGAAGUGAAGUCGAAAAGAACGCAAAAGGAGGAGAAGGCCAAAGAAGAAGAACGAAGUCGGCGUGAAACGGAAAAAUUGAAACCAGAUGCAACCAUUAAACAAAAAACAAGUAAGUCCCAUUUUCCAAACAAGCAGCUUUCUGUAGGAAAAGCUGCACCUCGAUUUGCGAAAACGUCUGGUACAUUAUCUGAUGUACUUUCAAAUAUUCCCGACGGGAGUACGUCUCCGAUUGCAGUGGGCCGUAUUGUUAGCUCAGAGAACACAUCUAUAUCUAAAUCUUUAUCGUCAGUUAAUAUUGAAGCAAAGCAGACUUCUCAAUUUAUGCUGGAGAAGCCAAGUUCCCCACCUCCUCCUCCAAUGUUCAAUGCGUGGAUAAAACCACUCUCCAUUACCCCUGCAAAACCUCCAAACGAAAAUACUCUAGACUCUUCUCGUACGAGUCAGCCUGAUCCUUUGGCAGUUGGAAGUGGAAAACCACAACGAGCUGGUAGUUCCCAAUUAAAAACUGAAGAACCAGAACUUUUGAUUACAGUAAACCUACCUGAUACCUUUCAAGCACCUCCUAAUGAACAAGAGAUUGAUUCACAAAAUUCGGAAUCACGAUUGUUCCAUAGUGUGAACAGCUCAGAAACGGCGAAGCCUGGUAAUAACGACGACAGACUAAAGAAAACAAAUGCAGGAGCUAAAACGGAACAUCGAAGUGAUUUGAUGCAGUCAGAAAUAGCUGGAAAACAGAACGGUGAUAAGGUUAACAAUGGCAAGGUCGCUUCCACCUUCCGAGAAAAAGCUUCUGAAAACGAAAAACGGCAUGCCAAGAACAGCAACUGGACUACCGACCGUCCUCCAAGAUUUGAGAAAGGAACUCCUGGUAAUAAACGCAAUUCAGAUCAUAGGAAAGUCAAUGGCGAAGCAAAAGCAAAAUCUGAUGUUGAUAGAACGAAAGAGAAAAAUGGAAACCGACCACGCAGUGGAUCACGACCACGUGAUCAAAACAAGCCGCCAAAAGCAAAGAUAUCCGUAAAAACAACUAAGUCACAGCAAUAUUCCGAUGAAAAUAAAGAUCCUAAUUUUGAAAGUGCUGUUCAGGGAAAGAACGACAGCAAAGAUUCUGUGCAGACAAGACGAAAGCGGGACUCGGUUGAACUUGAUGUUCAAUCAAUGGGUGAAUCGCUCCUUGAGAAUUCACUUAGUGUGCAUAUGAGACAGACGUCCAAAACGCCGUCUGAGAAUACGUCUUUAGGGAAGAUGAAUACAGAGGAUGAUAUUAAAAUGAACUUCGAAAUGCAAGAAAAAAUGGAGGCAGCCAAAAAGGCCUGGGAUUUGCAAGAAGCCAAAUGUAAUGUUUCUGCCGUUUCGAAGGAAGAAAGUACAGACACGUCUCAAGACUCCGUUGUUGAUCAUCGUAGUCGAAGCACCAAUGUAGUUGAGGAGGGAAGCUCCUCAGAUUCACUCGUAAAAACACCUAGAAUGAAGAAAGCGACUUCUGGAGAACAACAACAGAAUGUGUGUAAAGUAAAACCACAGCAACAGCAGCAGCCUGUGAAACCUGAAACUGUAUCUAAUGAAUCAUCUGAGGUUUACAACACUGCUAUGCCAAUUCUCGACAAUGGUGCGCAGUCUUCGUAUGCUAUACCACAACAUCAAGCCGCAAUUUUCUCUUCCAAAUCAGCCACUCCAAAUUUUAUGUUUCCUUUUGAACAGCAAUCCCUUGUUCCGAUGAGUCAUCGAUACGUUCAAACUGAUAUGUCGAGCAUUCAGCAGCAAAUUUCUCCAUUACGUCCUCAAAAUAUGCAUCCAGCAUCUCAAUCACCUCCACAGCAUUCGGUGAACUAUCCCACAAAUCAACAUGUGAGCACCUCAUCACCGCUUCCUCAUCAACCUUUAGUUCAAGAUCGUCAUAUAAUGCCGACACCUGCCUUGUAUUCAACGAAUGCCUUUACGGGUAGCCCUUUCUUCUCAAUGCCAGUGAUAAGAGCUACAACACCACAGUUUCAUCAUACAACAGUAACUGACGAUAUGAACAACUCCAUUUAUGCUGUACAAGCCCCUAAAGCUCAAAGCACCGGUUAUGAAACUUCAGUUCCUGCUGGACAACAAGUGUUUUUGCCCGUGGAGCAACAUUCAUUUCAAGAAUACAUUCAGACCCGUCAACCUCAUGUUGAAUUUUAUGGCGAAAAUCAAGGGAAUUCUGGUGGCGUCGACCCCGCUCAUAGACACCAACAACAAGCGGAUAGUCGAUUGACAUCGGGUCAUACAGAUCAACGUUACACACCGCCUGAUCAUUCUGAAAUGUCAAAACAUGUACACGCUAAGCCGUUCCAACCUCCCAGUAGUAGCCCACCUGGAAGUGUUUCUCAACAGAUCGGUCCAGAUGUUAAUCAUUUACAUACUGUGGACAGUCAGGCAAAUGCAACCACGACUUACCACGUAAAUGGCUCCAUGUUAUCACUUCAAAGUGCUGGACAAACGAUACAAUGUACUGUAUCGUCCGGGAAUCAGACUGGAACAUCACCAAUGUUGACACAAACUCAAGGGAUGACAGUCUCAAGGAUAGGGUACCCUCCAUAUCCAGCGGCCAUUGGAUCUUUUCAGCGCCAACUUCCUGUUCACCAUUUAUCAACAGCUUCAUUUCCUACUACUGCACUGGCAUACAGAGCCCACGUUCCAAAUUUCUCCACAACCACUAGUGUUGGUGGUAACACAGCCAGUGGAAUGAUGGUACCUAAACCUGCUCCCGUGAUGAGGCAGAUAAUAACUUCUGGACGUACCCCAACUAUUGCUCAUCAAAUGCCGGAACCCAUUCAACGUCCUAACAAAGUAGGAUUUCAUACAGCUACCGUGAACGAGAAACAGUCAAAUUCACAAGCAAGAUUAAAAGUUGCUCCAAACCGGCGAUUUAAUACAGCUGGUGUUCCUUCCGCACAAAUUCGUGCUUACCAGUUUCAAACGUCGCCCAUGACGCAAGUUGCUACAGCACCGCAACAGCAACUGCAGAAUUUUAGAAGUCAACAACAUCAACUUAUGAUGAGUAACACUCAACAGUUCUUUGCCGAAGAAAAGAACACCAAAGAAAGCAAAAGCUUUCGAGCCAAAAUCUCUCAUUGUCAGCACUGCAAGUGGUAGUGUAAACAGUGGCGAGACGUUAACUACAAACGAAAAUAUUGAAGUAGAAAAGCGAAGACAACCAACGAAAACAGAAACCAAACCUCAGAAGUCAACAAAAGAUGAUCAACAAAAACGUCGUCGGCAGGCGGAGCGAAAACCAAUCCGUACUGCUCAAAUAACGCCACAAAGGCAAACAAAUCGACCUCCAAGCAAGGCCAGACCGAGUGUCGUGAAACCGGAAGCUGCCAAGAAUGCGCAGCUUAUAUCUCCGGGAACAAUACCCCCUUCCAAGAUAGACACAAUUGAUAAGCAACCAGCGGAAGUACAUACAGCGUCAAUUUAAAUUGAAGAAUUAUAAGUCAGAUGUUAUAAAAUUACUUUCAUUCGUGCUUAUUUAGAUUUUGAUGUUUAAACAUCCAUGUAGUUUAUAGAGAUUUUGCUAAAAAAAUCUUCGUGACGUCACGAUUUUGUGUUUUUACUUCGCAAAGUGCUGAUAGCAGUCUUGGAACCACAAGAAAUUUUUGAUUUGUACUUUCUUUUCAUUGUGGAAUUAAUAAAAGUAUCAGAAAACAA